UUUCGUAUGGUAAUGAUCUCCACGUCCCUCUGAGCAUGCUCAGUUCUUCUUUUGAAAUGGGACUGGGGUAUUUUUAAUGAAAUCUUUCUUUUCCUCGGGCUUGAACUUUUCGACUGUGUCCUGUUGGAAGCUCUCCUGGUUCUCUUGUGUCCAUGGUUCCUUUCUCUUCCACAACAGUGCAUCCUUCUUGUCUCCUACAAAUACAACUUAAGACAUCCUUGGGCUAUUAAUUUCAUUUUGGCAAUCGUUGACUAUUUUACAUUUUUUUCUACAAGCAAAAGAUAUGUAGCCUUUCUUUCAACUAACUGCACCUAGUAAUCAUUAACUACCUAUGUUGCUCCUACCUCAAAUUUUCGUGUUUCUUUUACCUUGAAUUUUUUAAGUUGCUCCUAUUCUAGUUAAAAUCUUAAUUUCCUGAUUUUCUUAUCUGAAUUCAAACAAUUUAUUAUGGCUGGCCAGCAACUGAGGUGACUGUCAUUUGCAUAAUCCUUAAUUAUCAGUGUGUAACUCCACAAAGGCUUUGGGGAGAAGAGAACAAAGGACCAAAAUAAUGAGGAAAUUCUCCUGGCUGCUGUGAGAGCACCUCAGCAAGCCGAUAGUCAAGGGCAGGCUGAAUCUGGCCAACUCCCAGGAGAAAGGAGCGUGACAUGGCUUUGUCAUUAAUCUUCACACCCAAACUUUAAUUAACGCACCUGCUCAGAAAUUAAUAGGCACAAAACCUGAUUUACUAAGCAAAGGAGAUGAAAAGAUAAAGGCGGUUUCCACCUCUAUUAUUUGCAGUUCGGUGCUGUUUGUGGCUCACUGAGAAAGGCAUGCUCAGAGUCCCCACGAUGGCGAGCAGCACAGAGGGAUGGCAGGCUCCAUGGCAUAGCCAUUAAGGCAUAAAAAUUACUAGAUGCAUCCGCAAUGAGAAACUUUUGGACUUUUAACUAAGUAGGAUUAGAGUUUUUCCCCCGUGCAGCAAAUUCAGCAGUCCUCACAGCUCAGACGGGUUCUCCUCUCCGUGCUGCAAUUUGGGGACAUUGCCUUUGGGAGGAGAGCCUUCCCCAGGGAACCCGGCACAGUCCCUGGGAUUUCAGCCAGGCUGCGGUCCCGGUGCUGAUCCCGGUUCGUUUCAGCGCCCUGGCGCGGAGCAAACCCCACGGUCCCCGGGAGCCGGCAGGGGAGCCGGCCCCAGGCAAGCACCGAGGGUGUGGGAGUGCCGAGGGAUGCGCCGCGCCCAAACAGCUGGGAGCUGCAAAAACCCGCUCGGGAACCCCAGAUCUGGAGGCACAACCUCAGCCGUGCAAAGAGCAGAAGCCAAGAGCCUGUUCUUUGCCCCACCCAAGCUCAGGGCCUGAGAACAACCUCCUCCCUUUUCCCAAAAGCCGACGGCGGAGGGCAUGUUUCAAACUGAGUGAGGAAGCUUUCGCAAACUGUUAAGGCUAUUUUCAAAAGCUUCCUCUUCGCCCAUCAGACCAGUCUCGGCUGCAUCCUGACUCCUGCACAGCCCUGUGUGCUUCUGGAAAUCCCCCACAAACAGAGCCUGAGCGAAAAAACACAGCUGAGAAGGCUUCAGAACUGGUUUCAACAACUUUUUCAAGUUUGGGAGAUCAUCAAGUUUGCCAGUGGUGCUGACAAUAAUUGCCUCUGUGGGAGGUGACUAAAAGCAAACAGAAAGAGGACAAACAUGCAAUUGAGAGGGACAGAAAGAGAUGUCCCACCUGUCAUGUUUGCUGUAGUGAAGCUUUUGGAGGGCUUAGUGGGAAACUAAAAUGGCUGAGGUUUCACAUAUUGCUUAGGCAAAGUCCCUUUUCAAGUAUCUCUGGUAUCAGCAACCAGCUCCUGUCCCUCAGGCUGGGACACCAGGUGGAAGGGACAUCAGCGAAGGUGUCCUGCUCCUGGAACAGCUCCUUGCACAUCAGCCAGCACCAGGCCAUUUCAUCCCCCAUUGGAGUGUUCCCCAGUGCUGGGGGCUGAGCCAGCACUGCCCCCACUGCACCUCUCAGCCCCCGGACGAGAUGGCUGCCCUCAUCGCUGAGAACUUCCGCUUCCUCUCCUUGUUCUUCAAGAGCAAAGAUGUGAUGAUUUUCAAUGGUUUGGUGGCCCUGGGCACAGUGGGGAGCGAGGAGCUCUUCUCAGUUGUCGCCUUCAACUGUCCCUGCUCCCCUGCCCGCAACUACAUCUAUGGGCUGGCUGCUAUCGGUGUCCCGGCCCUGGCCCUCUUCCUCAUUGGCGUCAUCUGGAACAACCACACCUGGAACCUGGUGGCCGAGUGCCACAAGCGUGGCACCAAGAACUUCUCUGCUGCUGCCACCUUCCUCCUCUUCGGCUCCAUCAUGGGACGGGCAUCUGUGGCACCCAUCACGUGGUCAGUCAUCUCGCUGCUGCGUGGGGAAGCUUACAUCUGUGCCCUCAGCGAGUUUGUCAAACCAUCCUCCCUGGACAAGUUUCCAGCUGAAUAUGGAGCCGAGGUGCUGGCCAAGUUCCCCUGUAGAGACGUCCCAGCAAACCUCACCAAGUUCAGGGACGAGGUGACACGGAGGCUGAGAUACGAGUCCCAGCUCUUCGGCUGGCUGCUCAUUGGCAUCGUUGCGGUCCUGGUUUUUCUCACCAAGUGCCUGAAGCACUGCUGCUCGCCGCUGAGCUACCGGCAGGAGGCCUACUGGGCCCAGUACCGCUCCAACGAGGACAAGCUCUUCCGACGCACGGCCGAGGUCCAUUCCAGGAUCCUGGCAGCCAAGAAUGUGAAACAAUUCUUUGGCUUUGUGGCACUGGACAAGGAGGAGAAGGAGCUGGUGCAGGAGUUCCCGGUGGAGGGCGUCCAGCCAAGCCCCCAGUGGAAUGCCAUCACAGGUGUCUACAUCUACCGAGAGAACAAGGGCUUCCCCCUCUACAGCCGCCUCCACAAAUGGGCCAAAGGGGUGGAAGGGAACGGACCAACCCCAGAAGGCCACGAACUGCUGUUUCUAGCUUCCUAAGACAGAUGUGCACCAGCAGCGCUUCCCCAGACUGCCUGGAAGGCUUUCCAGUAUUGGUGCUCAGCUGAGGGAUGCACUGGGAACAUUCCUCCCAGCAGGACUACUUCUCUCAGCAGGUAAACAAGAAUCAACAGCCUCAAGGCAGAGACUGAUAAGCAAUACCCCAAGGAACCCCUCCCUCAGAGACAAGUCUCACUGCUGUUCCCAGAGACACAGGGGAGCAAAGAGCAGAUGCAGCCCUUACAUCCAGGAUGCCAGUGCAGCCACUGCCUGAUACACCAGCAGAAGCCUUAGGGAGCAAGAGAUGGGCACAUUUCUCACUGUGACUCCUGCAGUCACACUUGCCUCCCCCACAGCAGGGUUAGCCCCUGCCAUCCCACAUCUAUUUGUUUUAUUGACAUUGAUAUCUUCUUAUACACUUGUGUGAUGCCGGUUACACAGGCAGGUCCCAGAGCACUUUACAGACUUUACAGUGCAGUUAAUAGAAGGAAGCAGUGGGUAAAUUCCUGAGGCAAGGAGGUUGCAAUAGCAUCUGAGAAGGAAUGGGUCAAUAAUAGCCACACACCAAAAAACAGAGACUAAAGCAGGGGGUAUCACCACUAUUCCUGGUAUUCAGAAAGGCACUCUGUAAUUACCAAGUUGAAAUUUGGGUAAGACACCAAACUCCCUUGGUUCUUAUUAAAGUGCCUGGCAAUCUCUAAUGAGCCCAAAUGAUCACCACCAUGAGUCUAUAAACCCAGAGGAGGCACCAUCAGCAGAACAGCUUUGGGGCAAGGUAGUGAGGUGGAGACUGAGAGGAAUCAGUACCCACAGCACUGUCUGCAUCUCAUUGCAUUUCUCAUCCAGCUGUCAGAUGAGAGUCCUUUGUUUGGGUUACAAGCUGCUGGAACACCUCAACCAGAAUUAGCUUUACAUAUAUGUAUAUGUAAAGAUACAUACAGUGCAUAUACCAAGUAACCAUAGUUAGUCAGUUGUAUUAACGGAGGACCUUUCUCAGAGAGGAAGGGGAUGAGAAAGCUGCCAGCCCAAAGAGCACAUUCCAUUCACCCAUCUGCAGCACUGGGACUGCAGCCCUAGAGCAACAAGGGGACAGCAGGAACAGGAUGGAGGAGCAGCCCUCUCCCUACCCAUCUACCACUGAAUUUUCUAAAACUCUUUCCACUGCCUUAAUUGGGCCCUGGAGCAGAAUGUCUCUAUUAUUGCCCUGGCCAUCCUCUGGGAAAGCAAAACCAGAAAAGUGUAAAAUUACUACCCUCACCAUGACAGUCUGUGACUAUGGCUUCAAGGCUGCUCCCCUGGCACUGCAGUCCCUUUUCUCCCAGGGGUCAGUCCUGUGUACUCAAUACUGUUUAAAGAGCUGGCACAACAGAGAAGUUUGUUUUUCCUACUUGAACUGUUUCAUGAUAGGUACAACUUCCUUUUACACUGUGCCAUUUACCAAAACACCUUACUAAGUUGUUCAAAAACCAGCUCAAACCCACAGAACUCAGAGGGGCUUACACACAAGGAGAUUCAAAAUAAAUUAUUAAAUGAGAGUUAUUUUUCAUUGCCUUCUGAGUUUUUUUCAGGGGGGUAUAAAAGGCAUAAUUUAACAUUCUCUUUGAACUCAAGGAGUGGGAACUUAUUUUUUUCUUUCUAUUAAAGAUUCAGAUCCUCUCCUAUUCAGAUCAUCCUAGAAUGUUUUAAAGCAUUACCACGUAUUACAAAUUAGUAACAUGGCUUUCUAGUUAUUUUUGCAGUGAGUAGCACAAAUCUUGUAUAUUUUGCUGCAAUACACACUUGCAGCAAAGGAAAGAAAAUUAUUUCAAAAGCUUUUGACAAGUAUGGUGUCUUGCAAGAAUGAGCUGCAGACUAUUCCCUCACAUAAAGAGGCUGGAACACAGCUCAAUGGACGAGAUAUCCCAGGAUCCCCGUUCAGCCUCUCUACAGAUUUGCUUUGUAUUUGUGGGAAGGCUUGGCUCUCAGCCUCACCAUCAACUAAUCCACAGAAAUAAUCAGAUGGAUGUUAAAUGAAAUUGCAUUAACUUGAGAUGAAAGGGAGUUCAUUUGCAUUUCUUCUCACUGGUCCUCGAGUGCAAACAUGCAGAUGCACACGCCACCCCCACACAGCCAACGCAAGGUAACUUGCUGAAACAAAGCAGAGCUCUUCUUACUUCCUUUAUUUCCCUUGCCUUCCUCCUUGAUAGUCCUAAUUAUUCCUUUGAACCACCUCUACUCUGGUUCCUUCUCUUCCCUUUCCCUCCUUUGAAGGAAAGGGGCACAACACACAAUGCUUGAGAAUGGAUUUUUAUCUAAGAAUAAACCAUGAACAGAAACCACCUUUCGUUCUCUUUACAUCCCUUCUCUCGUGCAUUAAAGACACUCUCUUUCCAUGUGCUGGGAUGGACUAGGGGCUUGUCUGUUUUCCCUCCCUCUUUUUGGAGAGGCAUGUUUGAGUGGACAGCUGUCAGUGAGGAGUGGAGCAAGACACUACACUCAGAAAAUUGUUUGCAAUUGCAGAGAUUUGGUUUUCCUCCUCUCCUCUGCCACCCUGAGUGUGGUCCCCACUGAGACAGCCCUAGGCUUCUGCCUCUCCUGGCACAUCAGCACCCUCGGGAAUAUCCCUGCUGUUCAUGUCACCCAAUGUCCCCCAGUGACAAUGCUGAGGUGAGGAACAUUAACCCACAUGGUUUUACAUACAAGCACAAGCAGCCAGGUUAGAUUUCUCACUGAAAAAGUGAAAUUGAGCCACCUAUUUUCCUGGCAUGCUGGAUCACACAAGCUGCAAGCUCACACCCCUUGCUUUUCCUCCAAAGACCAACAGCAAUCCCAUCACAGAGCAGCCCACAGGUCACAGCUCCCAGCAAGAUAGGGUCAAACCAGGCUCCUCCAGUACAGAGAAUUACAGGUCUUUCACUUUUCCUGCCUACUAUAGAGACUAUAAUCGCCCCAGUAGUGAAGAAGAAACAAUACCUCUGAGGGAUCUUGGUUUCUAUUGCAACGCUUAUUUACAUGUUCUAUUAUGCAACUAACUAAACCAAAAGAAAGAGCCACCAUCAUCGAAGCUGUGCUCUUUAAAAAAACCAGCAGUUGCUACUGAAUGUUGCAAUCAGCCUCCUCUACUACAAGACCCUUAAGCAAAAUCUGAGUACAGCAACCUGCUCUCUCUGGGGGCAAGAAGUGAAAUGACUUGUUUCUGGAUCCCAAAGGACUUGGGAGUGAAAUAAAUGCUGAAUCAUCCAGCCUUGCCAACACUGGGCAUUCACAGAGGCAGAAGAGUUGCAUCCUGCAGAGCUCUGGUUUUGAGUUUAGAGUAACCUACUAAGACUCUUCAAGUUUGGUAUUUCAAAGCUGGGCAUCUACUCACUAGGAUCCUUACUGGAUAAUCACAUCUGUCUGCAUACCCUGAUUUUCCCCUUGCCUCAAGUUCUUCCCCUGUAAAACACGUGGCUGAUCAUAUGCACAUCUCAGUGGAAAGUCAGAGAAAUACAGAAUUGUAAGGAUAUGGACCAUAAGACACUGACAGCAGUGACAACUUUUUUUAACUACCCAAAAUACCUGGCUUUUUCCAAGCAGAAAGUUACAUUGGGAUAACUUUUUUUCAGCCCAGAAAAAAAGGCAUUUUUCUUUGACUUCAGUGAUUUCUCUUAAGAGACAAUGACUACUGAAAAUCACAUCAAUCCGUAGUAACUUGUUACCACACAUGGCUGCCCAGAGAGGUUGUGAAGUCUCCAUUCUUGGGGAAAUCAAAACCAAACUGGGAGUGCACCUGAGCAACCUAGUCUUGCUAACCUCUGCUUUGAGCAGGAGUUUGAAGGUUAUCAACAAGAGGUUCCCUCCAGUUUCAACUAUGCCACAAUCCAGUGUUACUCUGCCAAUUUCUAAAGCAAAAAGGCACCUGAGAUAAAUCUUUUGAAGUGUUAAUUCAUCCAAAAGA